UAUCACUGCUACAGUGGUCACUGGAAAUUUUGUAUGUCAGUCUGUAACAUUGUGUACAAGUACACAUGUUUUCAUAUAUCUAGAGUUAGUUUAUAAUGUAUUUUUUCUAAGUUUUGUAAAAAAUAUUUAUUAUGGAGAGUGAAAGUAUUAGUAAAACUAGUCUAACAUCUUUAGUUGAUGAUGAAGACAAAUUACAUAUGGACAUUGAAUUUAUCAAUCCUGCAAUUGAAAAUAUUUCUAUAAAUCAUAUUUUUAUAAAAGAGACAGAAAAUAAACAAGCACGAAGUUCUAAUAAUGAAACAAAUGUAGAUACAAUCCAAAGGCCUAAUGUUACAAACAAUACAAAUGAGAUGCCUAUUGAUCAUAUAUUAAAUAUAGAUGAAUUAGGCGUAUCUUCUGAAUCAAAUAUAGAAAAUAUAGAAGCAAAUUCAUGUGAGAAAACUGAAGUAUACAAUCUAGAUUCAACUUCUAAGAAUACAACAAAUGAUUCUUUUUGUAGUUACAAUUGGACUGUUUCACCAAAGUUGAUAUGUGCUGCUACUAAAGAAUAUCAACCAACUGUAUUCUGCGAGAAUUUUACAAAAGGUUGUCAAUGGUCUCCAGAUGGUACAUGUUUAUUAGUGCCAUCAGAAGAUUUUAGAAUACGCUUAUAUGAGCUUCCUACAACAUUAUAUUCUGAUAAAAUACCAUCAAAUUUUACAACAUUUGAUCUUAAAGCUGCUUUAGUUGUUAAGGAAGGAGGACUUAUAUAUGAUACCUGUUGGUAUCCUUUCAUGAAUUCAUGGGACCCUGCAACAUGUUGCUUUCUUAGUACCAGUAAAGAAAGUCCAAUACAUUUAUGGGAUGCAUUUACAGGAGAAUUGCGAGCUACUUACAGAGCUUAUAAUGACGUCGAUGAAGUAAAAGCUUCCAUUAGUGUUCAAUUUAUUGAUUCUGGUAAACAAAUUUUGUGUGGUUUUAAAAAUACUCUACAAAUUUUUGAUACAAACCGCCCUGGACGACAAAUUGCAACCAUUAAUUUUAAGAAAGAUUUUCCAAAUACUAGUGGAAUAGUAUCUUGUAUUCGUGAAAAUCCAUUAAUGCCAGGCUUGGUGGCAUUUGGUACAUAUUCCAAAAGUAUUGGGCUUUACAAAGAUACACCUAUCUGUACUUUUAAAACAGCAAAUGGUGUGACACAAGUUGAAUUUAGUCCGUGUGGAACUAAGUUGUACUCUGCUGUUAGACGUAAUAAUGAAUUUUUAUGCUGGGAUCUUCGUAAUCCUGGUGUUUUACUUUAUUCUUUUCAAAAGCGGCAAGCAGAUACAAACCAAAAGAUACAAUUUGAUAUCACAAAUAAUGGUCACCAUGUAAUAUCAGGAGGUACAGAUGGAAAAAUUAUUAUUUGGGAAUUAUUUGAAACUGAAAAUCAUAAGGAAGAUGUGAAUCCAAAAUGUGAAUUUAAAGUAUCUGAAGAUAGUGUGAAUGGUGUGAAUGUACAUAAAAGUUUGCCUAUUGUAGCAACAAGUUCAGGACAAAGAAUUUAUGAUACUGAGGAAGUAAAGAGAGAUAACAGUGUAAGAUUAUGGUGGUUCAAUUAAUUAAUUAUAUCAGAUAUAGAUUUUUUUUUUAUUACAGAUUCAGUAAUAAUAUACUUAUAGUAUAUAUUACAGAAAUUAUUAAAAAUAUAUCAUUAUACUUUCAUUACCACCAAAAAUUAGUUUUGUCAAAAACAAUUAAUAUUAAUAAAUCAUAUAUUUAAUUAGAAACAAUUUUUGACAAAAAAUGUAAUAUUGAUCUAUGCAAGAGAAAUAGAUGGAAAUAUUAAAGUAGUUAAUAAGUGAAAGAGUAUAUAUACAAAAAUUAUACAAUACACAUUAUUAAAAUAUAUGUUUAUUAGAAUUUCUGACAGAUCUCCUCACUCUGGCAGGAACUGAAAUUUGAUACAAUUAUUAGUUAUGUACGAAAUAAUAAAUUUAUAUAUUACUUA